ACACAACACUGACUGCAGAGCUGAAAUGAGAAGAGCUGCUCUUCAGAGGCAGUAGAAAGCCCCAGCUGGCUCUACAGCUCUCCGCUGCACACAGGUCGGUGUGCACUUUACACCUGUGUUAAUGGAUGUGACCCCCUGUCCCUGGUCCAGGAGGUGACACUAGCUGCCCGCUACUGCUCUGAUAGCUGGACUCUGGACACCAACAUGACUGAACGCUUCGACUGCCACUACUGCAAAGAGUCCCUGUUUGGUAAGAAGUACAUCCUGAAGGAGGACAGCCCCUACUGUGUGAAAUGCUACGAGAACCUUUAUUCCAACACCUGCGAGGAAUGCAAAAAGCCUAUCGGUGCUGACUGCAAGGAUCUGUCUUACAAGGACCGCCACUGGCAUGAAACCUGCUUCCACUGCUUCCAGUGCAAGAAUUCAUUGGUGGACAAACCUUUUGCUGCAAAAGAGGAACAUCUACUUUGUACUGAUUGCUACUCCAACGAAUACUCUUCAAAAUGCAAUGAGUGCAAGAAGACUAUUAUGCCAGGUACUCGGAAGAUGGAAUACAAGGGCAACAGCUGGCAUGAGACCUGCUUUAUCUGCUAUCGCUGCCAACAGCCUAUUGGGACAAAGAGUUUCAUCCCUAAGGACAAUCAAAACUUUUGCGUACCCUGCUACGAAAAGCAGUUUGCUAUGCAGUGUGUCCAGUGCAAGAAGGCCAUCACUACAGGAGGUGUUACUUACCGGGAGCAGCCGUGGCAUAAGGAAUGCUUCGUUUGUACUGGGUGCAAGAAGCAGUUGUCUGGACAACGCUUUACCUCCCGGGAUGAGUUCGCGUACUGCCUGAGCUGCUUCUGCAACCUCUACGCCAAAAAGUGUGCUGGAUGCACAAACCCCAUCAGUGGACUUGGAGGAACCAAAUACAUCUCCUUUGAAGAACGGCAGUGGCAUAAUGAUUGCUUUAACUGUAAGAAGUGCUCUCUCUCAUUAGUGGGUCGUGGUUUCCUCACAGAAAGGGAUGAUAUCCUUUGCCCUGAAUGUGGGAAGGAUAUCUGAAGCUCAAAAUAAGAGGUGAGGAGAGGGGAAGAAAGCUGUGCUUGCAAUAUAUAGUAUGAAAUACAUGGAUGUUUGGAAGCAGCUUUGCCACUCUAUGUUUCACUCUACUAUUAACAUCACUUAACUUUUUUCUUCAAACUCUCCAAAUCUGAAGGGAAAACUACUUCAGAAAGUCUAGUAGCAGUGUCGGUGUUUAAGAUACUACAGCUAACUGAAACUAAUGCAAAACCUGAGAUGUAAAACCAUUUGGGUUUUAGACGUAUUAUUUUGGGUUGGGUUUUUUUGUCCUUCCACUAAAUAUUCCAGUUACAAGCAAGUGAUGUGGUUCAGGGAUCACCAAUGGCCAUGCACAAUAUGUUCACAGAUGGGAUAUUCAAGGUGAAACCUCCAGCCCACUGAAAUCGAUAGCAAGCACCAUUCUAUUUCAGUAAGGCUGUGGUCUCGCCUCAGGGUUCUUGAUCUAUGUGACUAGUGUGUGCUGUCAAGUGUGUAGAAAGACUGGAGGCAUAGAGGGUGUUUCAAUGUACGAGGAUUUGUGCUAUUCCAUAAAAAGAGAUAAUGAUAAAACAGUUGAAGUGGGAGUGCUUCAUAACAGGUACAUAUUUUAUUGCAUGACUAGCUGAUCAUUGUGUGAAAUACAAGUUCUGAUUGACAGUGUCAGUAUUACAGUUAGUCGACGUUACACUACACGUAUUUUUCAAAAUAAAAUCAUUUAAAACA